AUGUCUGACGAAAACCAGCUGUUUUGGAAGGCUUAUGCCUCUACGGUCAAGAACAUCAUGAACAGCGGCCCUGUGGGCGAGAACGUCAGGGUCUACAUCGCCGCCGCUAACACUGCGGGUAUCUCUGGCGGUAAGGAGAUUCCGCCUGAGUGCACCAACUGGGGAAUCUACCAAUAUGCCGACUUCUUGCUGGAUCCUACCAACCCCAACUGGGUCGCCAGCAAGGGUGCCCGCUACUCUGAGGCUCUCAACAUGACCCUGCAGACUUUGACGCCGGGCAAAGGUGGCGAUACCUCUCCUGACGCAUGGGACAGGCUGAAUAAGGCCAAGGAGAAAUUGGCAAUCUACAAGAAGGAGUUGGAUGACGCCAAGAAGGAGGCUAUGCAAGACUUUGCGGAGGACGACAACCCGGACAAGCCCAAGUUCUUCGCUCAGUGGGCUCCGUUGAAUGCCAACGCGUACCUGGUCGCUGUCAACAACUGGGAGGGCGCUGCGAACGAGGUCCAGAUGAGAACCAACGCAAUUGGCGGCGCUGGUUCCGCCCUGUUGGCCAACGCCAUGAAGCAGGCUGCCAACGGAACGAACACAUUGACCGAAUUGAACGGAUACAACAUGAAGGCCAGCACCCAGUCGGUGACCUAUGACGCCAGUGGAAAGCCCAUCAUCCCCAACCCUCUCAACACUCAAUACGUCCCGCAAUAUUCCAUUCAGGGCUACGCAGCUCUCCUCGAUGGCUGGGUUGCCAACACAAACCAGCAGCCGUCCGAGUUCACGAUCGACUUAUCCAAGGGCGAGCAGUCUUCAUACAAAGACCUGGGUUUCACUGAGGCACAGGGAAGUGCGUCCUUCAGCCGAUUCCCUGUGUUUGAACUCUAUGGCAGUGGUGGUGGACGAGUCGAGCACUCGAACUUUGACAUGAGUUCGAACGCCAAGGACGUGAAGGUCAAGCUCAAGGUCCAGCACUACAAGACCAUCCCCUUCGCGCCUGGUACCUGGAAUUUGGACGUCAACGGCCUGAUUGCUAAGCUGGAGGCCAAACCCCCGGCAAUGUUCCAGAAGGUGCGUCCCACACAAAUGCUGGUCGCCUCAGGUGUUAGCAUGGAGAUCAGCUUCAGCGGCAAUGCCAAGACGGCCUUCGACAAGGACUACAAGAAGACGGUUCAGGGUGGCGGCGGCAUGAGCAUUUUUGGGUUCCGCAUUGGAGCCUCCGGCUCUUCCUCGGAGGAGAACUCCUCUCACGGCAACACCUGGGACUCCAGCUCCGGUACCCUCACUGUCAACUCCGAGAACUCCCGCGCUUCUGCCAACGUGCUCGCCGUCAUGGGCGAAAUUGUCAGCGCUUAG